CCCCCCUCUCUCUCUAUAGCAAAGCCCAAUAAAUAUCCAAUUCCAUUAUUUGAUUCCUUUGCUCGAUUUCUUCAGUAAUGACCUGAACUUUUUGCCGCUUUUGGUGCAAGUACAUGUAGAUUUGCACUUAAACAUUAAAGUUAUUUGGGGUGCAAGGGACUGAGAUUCUAAAUUUGCUAGGAUGGAGGGGAGCUUGCCCCCUGGUUUUCGAUUCCACCCCACUGAUGAAGAGCUGAUUACUUUCUAUCUCGCUCGCAAGGUCUCCGAUAGAAGUUUUCGAGCAAGAGCAAUCGCUGAUGUCGAUCUCAAUAAAUCCGAGCCAUGGGACCUUCCUGGUUGUACAUCUUCUUCCACUGUCUUCGAGAGUUGUAGAUUUUUAAUUGUGGGUUUCUUAAUUUUAGGAAAGGCGACCAUGGGUGAGAAAGAGUGGUAUUUCUUCAGCCUCAGAGAUAGAAAGUACCCAACUGGCCUUAGAACAAACCGCGCCACUGAUGCUGGUUAUUGGAAAACCACAGGCAAAGACAAAGAGAUCUUCAACUCGGGCGUCCUCGUCGGAAUGAAGAAAACCCUAGUUUUCUACAAGGGUAGGGCACCAAAGGGAGAGAAAACCAAUUGGGUUAUGCAUGAAUACAGGCUCCAAACCAAGUUUGUUUCAAGACCCUCCAAGGAUGAAUGGGUGGUUUCUAGGGUUUUUCAGAAGAGCUCAGGUGGGAAAAAACAACAUGCAACCAAUUCAGCUCCUUGUGAUAAUACCGCCAUCAUUACUGAGCCUGGAGAUAUGGGUUCUUUGGAUAGUGACUGUUUUAGCCAGCCAAAUGAGAAUAUAUCAGAGCUAAACAGGCUGGUUUCUAGCUCUCAAAGCUUCAGUAACACUAACAAUAAUAGCCAUAUUAACAUUAAUAGCACUAGUGGCAAUAACCCAAUUGGGGCUCAGUUGAACCCUAAUAUGAGCAUGAAUAUGAACUGGCUCUUUAAGAGAGACAAUCCAGUGCAGCCACCCAGCUUACUUAACCUAAAUUUUCCUACUUCAAAUUCGAUAUUGCGAGCUCUCCAGCUCAAUAUGAUGAACAGUUACCAACAAGUUGGAGCAAACAAUGGCGGGGUAAUUGCUCCCGGUUUGGCCACCCCAGAGCCUACUUUCAAUGCAAACCCUUCUGCUCCAAUGGAUAUUGAGUCUUUGUGGAAUGGAUUAUGACUAUGAUUUCUCUCCACCUCAAAGCCCACAAUUUGGAAUUGAAGAAAAAUAUUGGUAUCUUUUGUCCUUGGAGAUAAUAGGAUGGCGUUCUGUGAAUUCUCAAUUACUGUUAAUACCUAAGGCUUAUGACCGGGUCUUAUUUUCUGAAUACCGUGGAUCAAAGGUUUCCACUGUGAAUAAUUAAGUGUAAAUUUUAAUGAGGUUACAGAAUACCUUAAAGAAACAUGAAUGAUAGUUGUUAUUUUGAUUU